UGUGGCCAGCCAUUGGUGUUGGUGACGUGACACAUCAACCCGCCGAGGGGUUGAGGCUCAUUCGCAAGUUCGGACUCAAUUUGUUACCACCAGCAACGGAGGUGGUGGGUUUGGGACCGGGCAUACUUUUUUAUUUUCUGCUGUGGCUGUCAGAACUGUUUCUCUGUUAGAAAGAUCAAAGAAAAGGACACCCCGUAUGGUUUGGGAAGAUAGGCUCCGUAUAUCUCCCGUUACUUUUUCAUCUCUGCAUUCAGCAAGACUAGCUAAGAUAAUUCCAGCUAGCUACUUAUAUCCAUGCAUCAAAGGAACCCGUAGCAUUCCCAGGUCUGGAGAAGCCUUGCUUAUAGCUGUGAGAGAAUACAUCGUUUUCAUUCUCGUUGCGGGUACAAAGCCUUGCAGUUCGUUGCGCACCGGAAAGCGCAUAGGCUACACAGAAGAGCGUCGCGGGGGCACGGCAGCAUUUCGCAGCUUGCUGCGACCUCCUGCUUGACAGGACCAGAAAGCGGCGGUGGAUGAGUUUUAUUUUGUUUCUUUUGUUUUAUCUCUUUUAAGAAACAAUGUUGCGUGUCACAGCAAACACGUUUGCGUUUGGGUUGGUUUUCGUGGGAUUUUUACACAGUUUGGAGGUUAUCGUUCCAGCUAGAGCCAUUGACGCCCCUAAGACGUGCAGCCCGAAGCAGUUUGUUUGUAAAGAUCAGGUGACGUGCAUUUCCAAAGGUUGGCGCUGUGAUGGAGAGAAGGACUGCCCAGAUGGUUCCGAUGAGGCGCUGGAUGUCUGUCCACACAGCCGUGUGUCUCGGUGCCCCCCCAAUGAGUACCAGUGUGGGGGGACAGAGCUGUGUGUCCACAUGAGCAAGCUGUGCAACGGGGCCCCGGACUGCACUGACGGCUGGGACGAGGGGCCACACUGCAGAGAAUUUGCAACCAACUGCACACUGUCAGGUUGCCAGGACAACUGUUCAGUGACUCCGUCAGGCACUGCAUGUUAUUGUAAGACCGGAUAUGAAAUAGGACUGGAUGGCAAGACAUGUAAAGAUUUUGAUGAGUGCACCGUGUACGGGACCUGCAGCCAGUCCUGCACCAACACCGAGGGCUCCUACACCUGCAGUUGUGUGGAGGGCUACCUGCCCCAGCCCGACAACCGCUCCUGCAAGGCCAAAAAUGUCCCAGUAGAAAGGAACUCGGUGCUGCUGAUCGCCAACAGUCAGAACAUCCAGGCCACAUCUUUAAGUGGAGCCACGAUCAGCCUGCUGUCUACCACCACGAAGCAGACCACCGCCAUGGACUUCCUCUAUGCACAGGAGCAGGUCUGUUGGAUCCAUGUGGGGGACUCGCCUGUCUCCACCCACCUUAAGUGUGCCAAGAUCCCCAACCUCAAGAGCUUUGCUGACGAGAGGGUCAUCAACAUCUCCCUCAGCCUGCACCAUGUGGAGCAGAUGGCUAUUGACUGGCUGACAGGAAACUUCUACUUUGUGGAUGACGUGGACGACCGGAUUUUUGUGUGUGACAAGGAUGGACAGACGUGUGUGACUCUGCUGGACCAGGAGCUGUACAACCCCAAGGGCAUUGCCCUGGACCCCACUAUGGGUAAAGUGUUCUUCACAGACUACGGUCAGAUCCCCAAGGUGGAGCGUUGUGACAUGGACGGUCAGAACCGGACCAAGCUGGUGGACAGUAAGAUUGUGUUCCCCCAUGGAAUCACCCUGGACCUGGUCAACCGGCUGGUCUACUGGGCCGACGCCUACCUGGACUACAUAGAGGUGGUGGACUACGAGGGCAAGAACAGGCACACCAUUAUCCAAGGCCUGUUGAUUGAACACUUGUACGGGCUGACCGUGUUUGAGAAUUACCUGUAUGCCACCAACUCGGACAAUGGAAACAUGCAGCCGAAGACCAGUGUGAUCCGGGUGAACCGCUUCAACAGCUCUGACUACCAGGUGGUGACGCGUGUGGACAAGGGAGGGGCCCUGCACGUCUACCACCAGAGACGCCAGCCCCCGGUGCGUAGCCAUGCCUGUGAACCGGACCAGUUUGGGAAGGCCGGAGGUUGCUCGGAUAUUUGUCUUUUGGGGAACAGCCACAAGACCCGCACCUGCCGCUGUCGCUCUGGCUUCAGCCUAGGGAGUGAUGGGAAGUCCUGCAAGAAGCCAGAGCAUGAGCUGUUCCUGGUUUACGGUAAAGGACGUCCAGGGGUCAUCCGAGGAAUGGAUAUGAAUGCUAAGGUCCCAGACGAGUACAUGAUCCCCAUAGAGAACCUGCUGAACCCCAGAGCCCUUGACUUCCACUCAGAGAGCGACUUCAUCUAUUUUGCUGAUGCCACCAGCUACCUCAUUGGCCGUCAGAAGAUUGACGGCACAGAGAGGGACAACAUCCUGACUGAGGGGAUCCACACAGUGGAGGGUAUAGCGGUGGACUGGAUGGCUGACAACCUCUACUGGACCGAUGACGGACCCAAGAAGACCAUUAGUGUGGCCCGACUGGAGAAGGCCUCUCAGACACGCAAGACUCUCAUCGAGGGCAAGAUGACCCACCCCCGCGCAAUUGUGGUGGACCCCCUACAUGGGUGGAUGUACUGGACGGAUUGGGAGGAGGACCCUAAGGAGAGUAAGAGGGGGAAGAUUGAGCGGGCUUGGAUGGACGGGUCAAACCGGAACGUGUUUCUGACCAGUAAGACUGUCCUGUGGCCCAACGGUCUGAGUCUGGACAUCCCUCAAGGCAUCCUCUACUGGGUGGACGCUUACUACGACCGCAUCGAGAUGGUCUACCUCAACAACACUGAACGCAAGACGGUUUACGAGGGUCAGGAGUUAAACCACGCUUUCGGCCUGUGUCACUACAAACACUUCCUGUUCUGGAAUGAGUACCGCAGUGGCAGCAUCUACAAACUGGACCAGAUCAACAAGAACGUCUCCCUUCUCCGCAACGAACGACCGCCCAUCUUCGAGAUCCGCAUGUAUGAUGCCCAGCAGCAGCAAGGUUCUAAUGCCUGCCGUGUGAAUAAUGGCGGCUGCAGCAGCCUGUGUCUGGCCAUCCCUGAUGGGAGGCAGUGUGCCUGUGCGGAGGACCAGCUACUGGACCAGAAGGACAACACCAGCUGUAAAGUCAACCCAUCCUACAUCCCUCCCCCUCAGUGCCAGCCCACAGAGUUCGCUUGCAAGAACAACCGCUGUAUCCAGGAGCGAUGGAAGUGCGACGGCGACAACGACUGUCUGGACAACAGCGACGAGGCCCCCGAGCUCUGCCACCAGCACACCUGCCCCACGGACAGGUUUAAGUGUCACAACAACCGUUGCAUCCCUCUUCGCUGGUUGUGUGAUGGAGACAACGACUGUGGCAAUGAUGAGGACGAGUCCAACACCACUUGCUCCGCUCGCACCUGCCCCCCUAACCAGUACUCGUGUGCCAGCGGUCGCUGUAUCCCCAUCUCCUGGACGUGUGACCUUGACGACGACUGCGGGGACCGCUCGGACGAGCCGGCGUCAUGUGCCUACCCCACCUGUUUCCCUCUCACCCAGUUCACGUGUAAUAACGGACGCUGCAUCAACAUCAACUGGCGUUGCGACAAUGACAACGACUGCGGGGACAACAGUGACGAGGCCGGCUGCAGCCACUCGUGCUCCAGCACUCAGUUCAAGUGUAACAGCGGCCGUUGCAUUCCCGACUACUGGACGUGCGACGGCGACAACGACUGUGGAGACUACAGUGACGAGACCCACGCCAACUGCACCAAUCAGGCCACGCGCCCUCCUGGCGGCUGUCACACUGAUGAGUUCCAGUGCCGUAUGGAUGGUCUGUGCAUACCCAUGCGCUGGCGCUGUGACGGGGACACCGACUGCAUGGACCUGAGUGACGAGAAGAACUGCGAGGGCGUUACACACAUGUGUGACCCCGCCGUCAAGUUUGGAUGCAGAGACUCAGCACGCUGUAUCAGUAAGGCCUGGGUGUGUGACGGGGACAGUGACUGUGAGGACAACUCUGAUGAAGAAAACUGUGAGGCCCUGGUGUGCAAACUGUCCCACCACGUGUGUGCCAAUGACUCCACCAUCUGUCUGCCCGCGGAGAAGCUGUGUGACGGCACCGACGACUGCCCCGACGGCUCAGACGAGAAACUCUGUGACCUGUGCUCGCUGGAUAACGGAGACUGCAGUCAUAACUGUACGGUGGCCCCCGGUGAAGGUGUGAUGUGUUCCUGUCCACUCGGCAUGGAGCUGGCCACUGACAACAAGACCUGUCAGAUCCAGAGCUUCUGUGCCAAACACCUCAAGUGCAGCCAGCGCUGUGAACAGGACAAGUUCAGCGUCAAGUGCUCCUGCUAUAAGGGCUGGGAACUGGAGCCGGAUCAGGAGAACUGCAAGAGCACUGAUCCUUUCAAGCCCUUCAUUAUCUUCUCCAACCGUCACGAGAUCCGUCGGAUAGACCUGAACAAGGGGGAGUUCAGUGUGCUGGUGCCUGGCCUGAGGAACACCAUUGCUCUGGACUUCCACCUCGCCGAGAAUGCCCUCUACUGGACUGACGUGGUGGAAGACAAGAUCUACCGCGGCAAACUGUCUGAGAGCGGAGCUCUGACCAGUUUUGACGUGGUGAUCCAGUAUGGUCUAGCCACUCCAGAGGGGCUGGCAGUGGACUGGAUAGCAGGAAACAUCUACUGGGUGGAGAGUAACCUGGACCAGAUCGAGGUAGCCAGGCUGGAUGGAACCAUGAGGACCACCCUGCUGGCUGGGGAGGUGGAGCACCCCCGGGCAAUUGCCCUUGACCCCCGCUACGGGAUCCUGUUCUGGACGGACUGGGACGCCAGCAUGCCGAGGAUCGAGGCGGCGUCUAUGAGUGGAGAGGGGAGGAGAACCAUCCACAAGGAGACUGGGAACGGAGGCUGGCCCAAUGGACUCACGGUGGACUACCUGGAGCUCCGCAUCCUGUGGAUCGAUGCCAGGUCUGAUGCGAUUUAUUCAGCCAAGUACGAUGGUUCCGGCCUGAUCGAGGUGUUGAGGGGACAUGAAUACCUGUCGCACCCAUUCGCAGUGACCAUGUAUGGAGGAGAGGUUUACUGGACGGACUGGAGGACAAACACACUGGCCAAGGCCAACAAGUGGACAGGCAACAAUGUAACCGUGGUCCAGAGAACCAACACACAACCUUUUGACCUGCAGGUCUACCAUCCCUCCAGACAACCCCAGGCUCCUAACCCGUGUGCAGCGAACAAUGGAAUGGGUCCCUGUUCUCACCUGUGUCUGAUCAACUACAACCAGACCUUCUCAUGUGCCUGCCCUCAUCUCAUGAAGCUAGGAGCUGACAAACACACCUGCUACGAGUCCCGUCAGUUCCUGCUGUACGCCCGUCAAAUAGAGAUCCGAGGCGUGGACAUUGACAACCCCUACUACAACUACAUCAUCUCCUUCACCGUGCCGGACAUCGACAACGUGACCGUGGUGGACUACGACGCCCUGGAGCACCGCAUCUACUGGUCGGACGUCCGCACCCAGACCAUCAAGAGGGCCUUCAUCAACGGCACCGGGGUGGAGACCGUGGUGUCUGCCGACCUCCCCAACGCCCAUGGUCUGGCAGUGGACUGGGUGUCCAGGAACUUAUUCUGGACCAGCUAUGAUGCCAAUAAAAAACAGAUCAAUGUGGCCAGACUUGACGGCUCCUUUAAGAAUGCUGUCAUCCAGGGUCUGGACAAACCCCGCUGCCUGGUUCUGCACCCAGUACUGGGGAAGCUAUACUGGACAGACGGAGACAACAUCAGUAUGGCCAACACCGACGGCAGCAACCGAAGUGUCCUCUUCACCAAUCAGAAAGGCCCUGUGGGUCUAUCCAUAGACUUUGACACAGACGAGUUGUACUGGAUCAGUUCGGGGAACAGCACCAUCAGCCGCUGUAAGCUGGACGGGUCAGGUCUUGAGAUCCUUGAGGGUGUCAAGGGCAAACUGACCAAGGCCACAUCUCUGGCAAUUAUGGGGGAGAAGCUGUGGUGGGCAGACCAGGGCACUGACCAGAUAGGAACCUGUGACAAGAAGGAUGGCGGGAACUGGAAGUUUCUGAGAAACCACACGUCCCCGGUGAUGCACAUGAAGAUCUACAACGAGACCGUGCAGAAAGGCACCAAUCUGUGCAGUAAUAACAACGGAGGCUGUUCCCAGCUGUGCCUGCCCACCUCCCCCAACACUCGAGCCUGCAUGUGUACUGCUGGGUACAGCCUGAAGAGUGGACAGCAGUCCUGUGAGGGUGUGGGCUCCUUCCUGCUUUACUCGGUUCAUGAGGGCAUUCGUGGAAUUCCCCUGGACCCCUCCGACAAGUCAGACGCUCUGGUGCCAGUGUCAGGCACCUCCCUGGCUGUGGGCAUUGACUUCCACGCAGACAAUGACACCAUCUACUGGGUGGACAUGGGUCUGAGUACCAUCAGUAGAGCUAAGAGAGACCAGACCUGGAGGGAGGAUGUGGUCACCAAUGGCAUCGGCAGAGUGGAGGGUAUCGCUGUGGACUGGAUCGCCGGAAACAUUUACUGGACUGACCAGGGCUUUGACGUGAUCGAGGUUGCCAGACUCAACGGCUCUUUCCGCUAUGUGGUCAUUUCCCAGGGCCUGGACAAGCCCCGUGCCAUCACUGUCCACCCAGAGAAAGGGUAUCUGUUCUGGACUGAAUGGGGUCAGUACCCUCGGAUUGAGAGGUCUCGUCUGGAUGGAUCUCAGAGAGCUGUUCUGGUCAAUGUCAGCAUCAGUUGGCCUAAUGGCAUUUCCAUAGACUACCAGGAGGGCCUUCUGUACUGGUGUGAUGCCCGUACUGACAAGAUUGAGCGCAUCAACCUGGAGACUGGAGAGAACAGAGAGCUGGUGUUGGCCAGUAACAAUAUGGACAUGUUCUCUGUUUCCGUGUUUGAGAACUACAUCUACUGGAGUGACCGGACCCACGCCAAUGGCUCCAUAAAGAGGGGCAGCAAAGACAACGCUACAGAUUCUGUGCCCCUGCGUGCCGGCAUCGGAGUACAACUCAAAGACAUCAAAGUGUUCAACAGAGCCAGGCAGCAAGGUACUAACGUGUGUAAGGACAACAACGGGGGUUGCCAGCAGCUUUGUCUUUUCCGUGGCAACGCGGAGCGUACGUGCGCCUGUGCUCACGGCAUGUUGGCUGACGACGGACAGAGUUGCCGUGACUACGACGGUUACCUGCUCUACUCAGAGCGGACUAUUCUAAAAAGUGUCCACCUAUCGGAUGAAAGUAACCUUAACGCUCCCAUAAAACCGUUUGAGGAUCCUGAACACAUGAAGAACGUUAUAGCGUUGACAUUUGAUUAUCGCGGCGGUGGAGGGAAAGGCGCCAAUCGCAUUUUCUUUAGUGACAUCCAUUUUGGGAACAUCCAGCAGAUCAACGAUGAUGGUUCAGACCGGAAGACCGUGGUGGAAAGUGUUGGUUCGGUGGAGGGCCUGGCAUAUCACCGUGCCUGGGACACUCUGUAUUGGACCAGCUAUACCACUUCAACAAUCACCCGGCACACGGUCAACCAGAACCGCUGGGGCGCCUGGGACCGUGACACAGUAGUCACCAUGUCUGGAGAUGACCAUCCCCGGGCUUUUGUCCUGGAUGAGUGUCAGGACCUGAUGUUCUGGACCAACUGGAACGAGCAGUCCCCCAGCAUCAUGCGCGCCACCUUGUCUGGUAACAACGUGCUGGUGAUCAUCGGAAGUGAUAUUCGCACACCCAACGGCCUGGCAAUAGACCAUCGUGCUGAGAAACUCUACUUCUCAGAUGCCACCCUGGACAAGAUAGAGCGCUGCGAGUACGAUGGCAGCCGCCGCUACCUGGUGCUGAAGAACGAGCCGGUGCACCCGUUUGGCCUGGCGGUCUAUGGACACUACAUCUUCUGGACCGACUGGGUGCGCAGGGCCGUUCUCAGGGCUGACAAGUACGUGGGCGGAGACAUGAAGCUUCUCAGAGCCGACAUCCCCCAGCAGCCUAUGGGAAUCGUCGCUGUGGCCAAUGACACCAAUAGCUGCGAGUUUUCUCCGUGUCGGGUGAACAACGGAGGUUGUCAGGACCUGUGUCUGCUGAACUCCGAGGGCAGGGUUAACUGUACCUGCCGCGGCGAUGGCGAGAGGAAGCUCCUAGAGGACAACACCUGUGUUGCCCUGAACACCACCUGCAGCAGCAUGGAUGAGUUUGAGUGUGGAAACGGGGACUGUGUGAACUACACCCUGACCUGUGACGGCAAGCCCCACUGCAAGGACAAGUCAGACGAGAAACAGUCCUACUGCGCUAACCGUGUGUGUAAGAAGGGGUACCGGCGGUGCGUGAACAGCAGGUGUCUGGGACACAGCUCCUGGUGUAAUGGACGGGAUGACUGUGGAGACAACUCAGACGAACUGUUCUGCAACACCACCCUGUGCACCGCAGAGCAGUUCCAGUGCAGAGAUGGAGGCUGCAUCACCAACUCUAGCAAGUGUAACCAGAAGGUGGACUGUGAGGACGCCAGCGAUGAGAUGAACUGCUCCAUUGACUGUUCCAGCUAUUUCCGUCUUGGGGUGAAGGGCGUGACCUUCCAAAAGUGCGAGUUCACCAGCCUCUGCUACGCUCCCUCUUGGGUGUGCGACGGUGCCAAUGACUGCGGAGACUACUCGGAUGAGAGGAACUGCCCAGACCGAAAGAAGACCAAAUGCCCUGGUCCGUUCUUUGCCUGUCCCAGCGGUCGCUGUAUCCCUAUGAGCUGGACCUGUGACAAGGAGAAUGACUGUGAGAAUGGAGCUGAUGAGAUACACUGUGACAAGUCCUGCUCCGCUUCUCAGUUUGAGUGUGGUAACCAUCGCUGCAUUCCCAACCGUUGGGUGUGUGACGGCGCUGACGACUGUGGUGAUGGCACUGACGAGGACAGCAAGUGCAAAAAUAAGACGUGUAGUCCACAUGCCUUCCAUUGUCCUGGCUCUCAUGUGUGCGUUCCCCAGCACUGGAAGUGUGACGGGGACAAGGACUGUCCAGACGGGGUAGAUGAAAGUAUCAAGGCUGGAUGUGUAUUCAACAACACCUGUGAAGUGAAUGAGUUCGUGUGCCAGAACAGACAGUGCAUCCCCAAGCACUUCGUGUGUGACCAUGACUCUGACUGCAGUGACGGCAGCGACGAGUCUCUGGAGUGCGAGUACCCGACCUGUAGGCCCAACGAGUUCCGCUGUGCCAACGGCCGCUGCCUCAUCCAGAGCUCCUGGGAAUGUGACGGAGAAUUUGACUGUCACGAUCACUCGGACGAAGCCCCCAAGAAUCCCCACUGCAAUGGCCCAGAAAAGAAAUGCAAUGACACUGCGUACAGCUGCGGCAACGGGAAAUGUGUCACGGAAACACUGCUGUGUGACCAUAACGACGACUGUGGUGACGGCUCAGACGAACUCAACUGUUUCAUCAACGAGUGCCUGAACAGCAAGCUUAGUGGCUGCUCCCAGCUCUGUGAGGACCUCAAGAUCGGCUUCAAAUGCAGAUGCCGCCCUGGUUUCCGCCUAAAGGAUGAUGGGAAGACGUGUGUGGACAUAGACGAGUGUACGACCAGCUACCCCUGCACCCAGCGUUGUGUCAACACCCACGGGUCCUUCCACUGCCUCUGUGUGGAGGGCUUCCAGCCCAGCACCAGUGACCCCACCAUCUGCAAGUCCAUCUCAGACGAGGAGCCCUUCCUGAUCUUUGCCAACCGUUACUACCUGAGAAAACUCAACCUGGACGGUUCCAACUACACCUUGCUCAAACAGGGUCUGAACAAUGCCGUGGCCCUGGACUUCGACUACAGGCAGCAGAUGAUCUACUGGACAGACGUGACCACUCAGGGCAGCAUGAUCCGUCGUAUGCACAUCAAUGGCAGCGACGUGCAGGUCCUUCACCGUACGUCCCUCAACAACCCUGACGGUCUGGCUGUUGACUGGGUGGGUGGGAACCUGUACUGGUGUGACAAGGGGCGAGACACUAUUGAGGUGUCUAAGCUGAACGGGGCCUACCGGACGGUCCUGGUCAACACUGGACUGAGGGAACCGCGCGCCGUGGCGGUGGACGUACGCAACGGGUAUCUGUACUGGUCUGACUGGGGAGACAACCCCCACAUCGGUAGGAUCGGGAUGGACGGCUCCAACAGGAGUGUGAUCGUGGAGGACAAGAUCACCUGGCCCAACGGCCUCACGCUGGACUUCAUCAACGACCGCAUCUACUGGGCCGACGCCAGGGAGGACUACAUCGAGUUCGCCAGCCUGGACGGAACCAACCGGCACACUGUGCUCACGCAGGACAUCCCCCACAUCUUCGCCAUGACUCUGUUUGAGGAGUACAUCUACUGGACGGACUGGGAGACCAAGUCCAUCAACCGCUGCCACAAGACGCUGGGCACCAACAAGACCAUGCUGAUCAGCACCCUGCACCGGCCCAUGGACAUCCACAUCUACCACCCUUACAGGCAGCCUGAGGGUAUGAUGGCCAACCACCCAUGUCAGACCAACAAAGGGGGGUGCAGUAACCUGUGUCUGCUGUCGCCUGGUGGGGGGUACAAGUGCGCCUGUCCCACUAACUUCUACCUGGCCAGUGAUGGGAAGGAGUGUAUGUCCAACUGCACCGCCAGCCAGUUUGUGUGUAAGAACGACAAGUGCAUCCCGUUCUGGUGGAAGUGCGACACCGAGGACGAUUGUGGUGACCGGUCGGAUGAGCCUGCGGAAUGCCCUGAGUUCAAGUGCCGGCCCGGCCAGUUCCAAUGUGGCACGGGCAUCUGUACCAACCCGGCCUACAUCUGCGACGGAGACAACGACUGCCAGGACAACUCCGACGAGGCCAACUGUGACAUCCACGUGUGCCUGCCCAGCCAGUUUAAGUGUUCCCACCCCAGCCGCUGCAUCCCGGGCAUCUUCCGCUGUAACGGCCAGGACAACUGCGGCGAGGGGGAGGACGAGAAGGACUGCCCGGAUGUGACCUGCGCCCCCAACCAGUUCCAGUGUGCCAUCACCAAGCGCUGUAUUCCCCGUGUCUGGGUGUGUGACCGAGACAACGACUGUGUGGAUGGAUCCGAUGAGCCGGCCAACUGCACCCAGAUGACGUGCGGAGCGGAUGAGUUCCGUUGCAAGGACUCGGGCCGCUGCAUCCCGGCCCGAUGGAAGUGUGAUGGGGAGGACGACUGUGGCGAUGCUUCCGACGAACCCAAGGAGGAGUGUGAUGAGAGGACGUGCGAGCCGUACCAGUUCCGCUGUAAGAACAACCGCUGUGUCCCGGGACGCUGGCAGUGUGACUACGACAACGACUGCGGAGACAACUCUGACGAAGACAAGUGCGUGCCGAGGCAGUGUUCAGAGAGCGAGUUCUCCUGCACCAACGGUCGCUGCAUCGCCGGGAGAUGGAAGUGUGAUGGCGACCACGACUGUGCUGAUGGAUCAGAUGAGAAUGGCUGUGACGUGAUGUGCGACAGUGACCAGUUCCAGUGUAAGAACGGUCACUGCAUCCCCAUCCGCUGGCGCUGUGACUCAGAUCCUGACUGUAUGGAUGGCAGUGACGAGGAGAGUUGUAACAGCGGAGUGGGUAGACACUGCCCCCUGGAUGAGUUCCAAUGUAACAACACUCUGUGUAAGCCCCUGGCGUGGAAGUGUGAUGGAGAGGACGACUGUGGAGACAACUCUGAUGAGAACCCAGAAGAGUGCAUCAAGUUCCAGUGCCCACCCAUGAGGCAGUUACGAUGCCACAACGACCGUGUCUGCCUGCCGAUAGCCCGGCGCUGUGACGGUGUUGACAACUGUGCCGACAACAGCGAUGAGCUCAACUGCCAGACUCCGCCCACCACCCCCGUCUGUCAGAAGGAUGAGUUCCAGUGCUCCAACGGCCGUUGCAUCCCUUCCAACCUGCGUUGUGACUACUUCAACAAUUGCGAGGAUUACGGAUCUGACGAGAUCGGCUGCAACAAGAAAGACUCCUCCCUGAACAACUGCCACAGUAACAGGACCGUGUGCGGUGACGGGGAUGAGGCCCACUGUGUGGUCAACGGCACUGACGCCUUCUGCUCCUGUAAACCGGGUUUCCAGAUCACCGGCAACAACCGAUGUGAAGAUAAGAAUGAGUGUAAGCAGUUCGGAGUGUGCUCCCACAUCUGCAACAACACCAAGGGCUCCUACAAGUGCAGCUGCCAUAAGUACUUCACCAGGAUCAGUGACACAUGCAAGGCAGACUAUCUGAGGCAGGUGCUCUACAUCGCCGACGACAACGAGAUCCGCAGCUUGGACCCUGGCAUGCCCAACUGGCGAUAUGAGCAGACCUUCCAGGGCGACGCCAACGUGCGUAUCGAUGCCAUGGAUCUGCACGUCAAGACCAACCGCAUCUACUGGACAAACUGGCACACAGGCAGGAUUUCCUCCUACGAGCUGCCAGUGUCAUCAUCCUCUGCUAACAGCAACCGCAACAGGCGCCAAAGUGACACCAGACUUACCAACCUGGAGAUCCCCGGGCUGAAGAUGCCCCGUGGCAUCGCCGUGGACUGGGUGGCAGGGAACAUCUACUGGACGGACUCUGGCCGGGAUGUGAUCGAGGUGGCCCAGAUAUCAGGCCAACACCGAAAGACCCUCAUCUCGGGCAUGAUGGACGAGCCCUACGCCAUCGUGGUGGACCCCCAGAGAGGAACCAUGUACUGGGCCGACUGGGGAAACCAGCCCAAGAUUGAGACUGCUGCCAUGGACGGAACCAUGAGGGAGACCCUGGUACAGGAUAACCUCCAGUGGCCCACAGGCCUGGCGGUGGACUACUUCAACGAGCGUCUGUACUGGGCUGAUGCUAAGCUGUCAGUCAUUUGCAGUGUGAGGCUGAAUGGCAGUGACCCAGUGGUGGCUGUGAACAGCAUUAAGAACAAGCUCCAUCACCCUUUCAGCAUUGAUGUGUUUGAGGACUACAUCUAUGGGGUCACCUACAUCAACAACUUUGUGUUCCGGGUCAACAAGUUUGGAAAAGGGCCCAUGGAAAACCUGACGACGGGAAUGAACCAUGCCACAGACAUUGUGCUGUACCACCGCAACAAACAGGCAGAGAUAAACAACCCAUGUGACAGGAAGAAGUGUGAAUGGUUGUGUCUGCUCAGCCCCAGUGGACCAGUCUGUACCUGCCCCAAUGGACGCACUCUGGACAAUGGAACUUGUGUAGAGGUCUCGACUCCUACACUCUCCCCUGUCUCUCCUCCCAGUGGUACGUGUAAUGUCCAGUGUCUGAAUGGAGGAAGCUGCUUCCUCAAUGCCCGGAAACAGGCCAAGUGUCGCUGCCAGCCCAACUACGGAGGAGACAAGUGUGAGGUGGACCAGUGCAGAGACUACUGCCAGAACGGAGGCACCUGCACAGCCUCUCCUACAGGUUCCCCUGCGUGUCGCUGUCUGACUGGGUUUACUGGUCCCAACUGUAACCUCCACACCUGUAAGAACUACUGUCAGAAUGGAGGGAACUGCACCGUCAGCGCUGGAAACCAGCCAACCUGCAGCUGUCCAACUGACUUCCUGGGUGACCAGUGCCAGUACCGUAGCUGUGAGGGGCACUGUCUGAAUGGGGGCACAUGUCUGCAGAGUGCCAGCGGGGGGCGCCAGUGUCGCUGUCUGCCCAAGUUCAUGGGUAGCACCUGUGAUGUGGACAAGUGUCACUACUGCCGUGACGGAAAGUGCAUCCCCACCAACCCCUUACAGCCCACAGGAGAGUUCACCUGCAUCUGCACCACUGGAAGAGUCCAGGCCAGUUGCUACACGUGUGAUGAAUACUGUGCUAAUGGGCAGUGCUCCUUCAACCCGCGCACACACCUGCCUGAGUGCAAGUGUUCCGCAGGCUGGGCCGGGCUUCGCUGUGAAGUGGUGGACUCUAAUGUAGACUCCCCAGUUUCUGGUGGACGUGCUGCCUCCAUAGUGAUCCCAGUUCUGCUGCUGCUGCUGUUGCUGCUGUUGGUGGGAGGAGCUGUGAUCUGGUACCGAAAGAGGAUGAGGGGGGCCAAGGGCUUCCAGCACCAGAGGAUGAGCAAUGGGGCCAUGAACGUGGAGAUAGGAAACCCAGCGUACAAGAUCUACGAGGGGGAGCCUGACGAUGAUGCCGGGGAGCUCCUGGACUCUGACUUCACCCUGGACCCUGACAAGCCCACCAACUUCACAAACCCAGUAUACGCCACCCUGUACAUGGGAGCCCAUAACAGCCGCAACUCCCUGGCCAGCACGGAUGAGAAGAAAGAGCUGCUGUCGCGGGGGGAUGAGGAGCCCCUGGUGGACCCGCUGGCAUAGACUGUACUUUAGCCUGGGGCGCACCAUUCUGAACACACCCCUCUUUUUGCCUUUAAAAGAAAAAAACUAAAAGAAAAUCUACAAAAAAAGCGUGAACACUGUAUAAAAUGUACAAAAUGAAGGACUACUUUUGUAUGUGAAUGCAGUAUUAUAUUUUGUUCUUUUACGAUUCCUCUGAUCAAAAAUGAACAAAAACAUUUUCUAUAAGAUAUUUUUAAUUUACUAUUUUUGUCCCUCCUCCUUUACCUAAAUAGCCACUACCUCUGUGCAAAAUGAAAUGGAAAAAGAAAAUUAGUAGAACAAAUAACAUCAUUGGAGCAAUUUUUAUGUUUUAUUUUUGUAUGAAUUGUAUAGAGAAAAAAAAAACAUUGUUCCAUUUCACCAGUGCCAACUAUCUGUUGUUUGUGUAGACUUUGUGCAGGGGAAGGCACACUCAAAGUCUAGUAAGUCGGUACCAAUGUUGUCUUGAUUACAGGAGUGUAAGGAGAAACACGGCACAAUGUGUGUACAGCACGUGUAACAUGUCAAAACCGGACAACAACUUCCGUAUUUCCAGAUUAUUUCCUCAGAGAACUAUGUUCAUGAAAUUUUUCUUUCUUGCACAGAUUCAGUGUUUCACAGUGAAAAUACCAUAAGAUGUAAUGCAGGUCAAUCAAUGUUUGUUUCUCCGAUAUCCUGAAGGUGUGACGUUUAAGUAGCCUAAUGAAAGAGUCGUUGAAGCGACUGAGGAUGACGGGCUGAUGUCUGGUAAGAGGUGAUGGGGAUGUUGAAGAUAUGUUAAACAUUCCAGACGGUUGAAUGCUUCCGUGUAGUGGUGCUUCGGGUGUGUCCAAUGUCCACGCUGGAGGUCAUCUUUAAUGGCCCGGUACCCAGGGUUGGACAUUUCACUCAAGGACCAAUGGAAAGGUCAAAAAUUUGCAAACUCCGCCCAUUCUGGCCAGCAGACCAUGCAAAACAGUGUUUUCCAACUCCAGAGCACAUUUUUGUUUUAGCCCCAGACAAAUAUAUCAGUUUAACUCACUGUGGUCGUGAUGAUCAGCUGAUAAUGUGAGCCAGGUGUUCUUGUCUGGGGCUACAGGUAAAGAUGUGUACUGUUGGGGUACUAGAGGACCAGAGUUAAGAAACACUGAUUUAAAACAACCUGGCCCCAUGUUACGGCAAGUUAAAACAUACUAUACUAACAACUGGACCAACGCGAGAUACUGCGCCAAACACCUUCGAUGAGAACCCCACCACCAGUCGGCACCUGUUUCCGUUGACAGUGGUGCCAGAGAAGUGUCUUAGUAACAGAGGGGGGAGGGGGAGAGAAGACGGGAUAACAUUGGUCUCUAGGGCUUGAGACGGUCCACCUGGCCUUGUCAGACACGGCACAGAGGAAUCCUUCAACCAUUCGGAGAAAAAGGAGAUGUGCGCGUUUCUGGUUUUGUAACAGCUCCUUAUUGAAGUGCAUUCACUCCUUGGUUUGGUUUUGUCCCUGGCAUAGUUUCCCUCCACUGUUCUUCCUUUAGCUGUUCCUGAUCAUCUGUCUUCUGUGUUCUGCUGCUAAUGCUGCCGUUCUGGUCGCUCUGACGUGUCUUUAAGCUCAGCCGCUGUCCCAAAAUGCUGCUUCUGUCGGGUGAUCAGCCAUAUUUUUAUGCAUGUAAGAAAAGAUGACGUCAUCAGACGUUCAAGUAACUAGAAUAACAAAUCCUUAUUUUACUUACCUGUCAGCAAGUGUUAUUUUUUUCUGAUUUAUGCUGUUGCAUUUGUUGUUUGUUUUUAAUUGAACGAAGAGAUAAGUACAAUCAUUUUACUUAAAGAACAUUUUAGCAAAAUCGUACGUGCAUUUUUGAAUUGAAGUGGUUUUGAUUAGUCCUUGUUUUAUAAGAAAAGAUUACACAUAGCUUUUAUAGUACAAAAUGCAUGGAGGCUCAAUCUUUCUUCAGGAAAGAGAAUCAUGUGUUAAUUUUUGCUGAAGUACUUCAAACUAAAUAACAGAUUGUUAUAAAUAAAAUGUAAAACUGUACAGAAAACAAUCA